AUGGCGCACAAUCAAACGCAGUCCUUUUUGGAAAUACUUAAAUCCUUCCACACGGGCGACCUGAUCCUGGCCUUCUGCUUGUCGGCGCUGGUGGGCUCGCUCCUGGGCGCGAUUCUCUACAUCCUGCUGACCUGGGCGUCGCGGCGUCGCCGAGCCGGCCGAUCCCGGCGCUCCCAGAUCCCGCUGGAGCCGCGGCCGGAGACGGAGCACGACCGCAGCACCUUUCUCGGUGUCUACCGCCGGCCCUCUCCGGAGCCACCCCCAGUCGGCAAACCUGUAUCCCGGACGUCCACCUUUCGAUCGCCGACGGCGGCCGGGAAUGGUGCUCAGCCGCCCUCCGAUUCGUCAGAUUCGGUCUCCGACAAGCGCCUCUCCUUCUGGCUGGGGGGCUACGGACUCAAGGGGUUUCUACCCUCACAGACCCCGCCGCCCACUUACAACAGCGUCAUUGGGGAUGACCAAGAGGCAAUGGCACGGGAAGCGGGGUGCUGA